AUGGAUGAGGAGCUAGCCUACCUCCAGCCUGGCUUCAGUUCAUCCUCGCUGACUGUCGCCAAGCUGAGAGGCAUCCUGCUGAAGCACGAUGUCGCUUUUAAAAGCAACGCAAAGAAAGCAGAACUCGUCAAGCUGUUCCAGGAUCAUGUCGCCUCUGCCGCCCCCGCCUUGCUGGCGCGCUCACACGCGACAGAGCCAUCAGAUGCAGGCAUCGAGACCUUAGCGAUGCAAUCCGCUCGUCAGGCAGACUCAUCCUCUCCCUUACCUUCCCCUGCACAGCCUGCUGCGAGGAUCAGCACGAGCACCAAACCGCGCAAUGCCAGUUCAAAGGCCUCUGCCCGCCCUGAUGACGAUGAGAUAUUUGCAUCAAAAUCCACGAGCGCGAGCGUCAGCAGGUCGCCCAGCAAGGGCAAGAGCACUUCUCCCAGGAAGAGUGCUGCGACGCCUGCUGCUCGCAAGUCUGUCGCAAGUGCCAUACCCGGCCGUAGCCGCGUCACGACGCCCUUUCGAGCCGAGGACAACGAAGCCGAACUCGAACGUCAACUCGGUCUAGGAGGAUUUCUUUCCGGGACUGCGAAGAAGCAGAUGGAAAGGAGCGGAUUACAUUCGCCCGGUCAAUCAUCACCGCCCCGAUUUGAGUCUCCCGCCGAGUCAAGACCCAAGGUAGUCGGUCGUGGCAAUGCCCUUCGCGAGCUGUCACCCGAUUCUGAUUCCGACGAGCCCUCGAGCAGCGCCAAGCCCUCUGAGCGUUCUUCACGCAUCUCUCGCGCCUCUUUGCCAGCCUCGGCCUCGACCAGCAACCUCAACGGCGAGAAUGGACAUACGACAGAGCCGCCGUCAUCAUCGCCUGUAAGCUCGAAGAAACGGUCUCGCAAGUCCGGCUUCUCAAAUCACAACCCUUUUCAGCGAGAGACCGAUGAUGACACCGAUGAAGAUGCCGAGGAGAGGACAGUGUCUAGCAAAAAAAAGGCAAGACAACGCUCGCCUCGUCAUUCAGAAGACGCGGAGUCCAAUCUUCUAGCUACCUAUACGCGCGGCUUGUCAGAGACUGAGGCUAUGGAAGAUGUCACCUUUAACACUGCCAGCGAGACACCGAGCUUCGACAUGUCGCCGCCUAGCUUCAGCACCAUUGGAUCCAAUACAGACAUGAGCAUGCAGAGCGCGGGCGUCUCCGCCGCCACGACGCCUCUUCCUCGCUCUCAAUCAGCUCAGGCUGCCCUGGGUAGCCGCAACCCGACUCUUCUUGGGACCACAGGCAAGGAUCGUCGCUCGACAUUUACUCCCCAUGCACCUUCGCCAUUGACCUUACACUCUCAAACGCGUGGUCCCUCGGUCUCAUUUGGCAAAGCUCAGCCUGAUCUCUCGUCGAACGGCUCCAGCAGCAGUCCUGCCAGAGUUUCCUCCCGCUCCCCGAAGCGAGCUAGUAUGCCGGCAUCGACCACGCAGGCACAGACGCAAGGUACACCGAGUUUCAUCCAGUACAUGGCGCCUAUCGAUCAGCUCGUCAGUCCGCCGCCGGAAGAGUAUGCGCGCUUUUUGAACAGCGUCAAAGGCGAUACUUCUGCAAACGGCAGCAACAGCGUCAGCGCCGCUCCCGCCAUUGCUGCCACGCCAGAACAGACCCUUGCGAAAGCGCGCGCUGAUUCAAAGGCUCUCCAAGCUGAGGAAUCUAGGCGCAAACGCAUUCCACGCCCUCCCAAGCCGAGAGAGCUCAUCCUUCCGAAACCGCAUAUCGUUCUGCCAGACCUGUUCAGACCCAUCAAGCAAUUUGUCCUGUCGCCUCUUUCGUAUCUCUUCCUCUUUGCGACGCUCUUGACAUAUGGCAAUUGGUACCGCAGUCAGAAGCUCGCAAAGGGUUUAUGUGAUACAGGCAGCGACAGCGUGGGAGGCCGACACGCGCCUUUCAGCAUCGACGCAGGCACGGAUCACAUCGAUGCAGACGGCACGCAGAUCAGAGUGCUUCGGCCACGCGCGACUGCCAUCCAAAGAGCUCUCGUGCCCGUCUGCACGCUCUGUCCGCUCCACGGCAUCUGCCAAGAUGGUCAUCUGAUAAGCUGUCAGAAAGGCUACGUCGCUCGCAAGAGUUCCUUCACCCUCGGUGGAUUUCUGCCCAUCGCGCCUGUUUGCCAGCCAGAUACUGCACGUUCUGAGCGGAUCGAGAGCGCGGCUAAGCUAGCUACACGACUGCUGCAGCGUCAUCGUGGCGAGAUCAUAUGCAACACUCGCAUGCAUCUCGCAAGUCCCUCUCCACCUCUAGGCGAGGAACGCUUCGGCACCGAAGCAGAUACACUCAAAAGCGAUCUCUUGCGCGUUGAGACAAAGUGGUCGCCUCAGGCUUGGCAAGAUGCGGUGGAAGAAGCAAUCGCUCAGCUUCACCAUCGUGACGGCAUUCUGUCGCAGCCUGCAAAUGAUCGUCGCAUGCUCAUUGCGCGUGACGAGAUUAUGACACUCACGUGCCGCGCGAGACUGGCUUCGCAGCGCUUCAUCUUCCGUCAUAAAGGCUCUAUUGCGAUAGUAUUGGCUUUGCUUGGCUUCUCAAUCUGGGCAAAGUUCAAGUACAAUCAGCGCGUGAAGACUCGAGCAGCAGUCGGUGAAAUGGUAGAGACGGCGCUCGAUAAGCUGCAAGAUCAGCAGUAUCGUUACUAUCUCGAUCCCAGCCUAACCCCGACCCCCUACGUCGCGCCAGCUCAUCUUCGCGAUGCGAUCUUGUUCUCGGUCCACUCGCCUGCCUCUCGACAGGCUCAGUGGCGUCAAGUGGAGAAGAUCGUCGAGGGCAACGCCAAUGUUCGCGUGCGAGAAGCAGAACAGCGGGGAGAGAUGUUGCGCGUAUGGGAAUGGGUGGGCGAGAUGGAGUUUGACUACGAUUUCGCGGACACGAGCAUGGCAAGCAUGGGCGGUUCUCCAGCGGGCAGCGAACGUCGUCGAAGGCGCAUCAGCAUGCGCCCAAACACGCCGGCAGUGGCUGCGUCUACAUCGGCGCUCUAUCCGAGCUUGCCAUGA